CCUAUAUAUACACCCCAUGCCUCAUAGCCUUCUUCAUCACCAUCUAAAAAACAACUCAACAUUCAUUAUAUAUAUAUACAUUCAAAAUUUCUGCAGAAAUGGCUUAUUACUACAGCAAGAAGGAGCUUACGAACAUGGGGGUCGAGGGCUUUGCUCUCAUCGAUGAAUUUUACGGCGGCGGAGGACGAAGGGGCAAAAAGCAGCUGCCGCCGCAGCCUAAUUACGGCGCCCAUGCUACAUUCAUGGUAACUUCUCGUCAACUUCCGCCGCCGCCGCCGCCGGCGGCGGCCCCCACUCCCGUUGUUGCUAUCAAUCACUAUUGCACUGCUAGUAGCAGUGGCAACUCCCGGAGCUGGCGUCAACACGGCGGCUAUAAUAAUUAUCAUCGUUAUUCUCCUGCGGAAUCCCGCGUCUGUUGGACUCCGGUGGUUGCCGUGACGACGGAGACCACUACGACGGUGGUCCACGGUGGUUAUGACGCCCAGAUGCUCAUGGAUGACUUCAAAUACUAAAUAAUUUAACGUUAAUGUUGUAUGUUCCCAAGGGAACAAAUAUGUGUACUUGUAACAAUCUUAUCUAUUUAUACUUAACUGUAUGUAUGUGCUUUAUAUUUCUGUAUAAUUAUUAUGAAUCAAUAAAAAAGUUCCCUAUGUUUUAUUGUCAAA